AUUCAAAAUAUCUCCUGGGAAUGUGAUAUUAUUAGAUUGUUGAGUAGGGGCUAUUUAUAUGAAUUAAAUAGUGAUUAUUUUUAUUAUUUAAUUUAACAGGCUCAUAUUUUUUGAUAAAAAAACAAAACAAAAAACAAAAAUGAAUAGAUGAAGAUGGAACAUACUCAAGUAAAAUAGCUCAAUAUUGUAGAGUAUGUGAGUAAAUGUACUUAGUUACUUUGCAACACUGCCACUUGUGCAUGUAAUCAUAUUUCCUUUCUCCCCUGCCACUUAUUUUGUAUCAGUCCUGUGUUAUCCACAUGGGGAUUCAGACGUCCAUUCAUUAUGAGGUUGUGUUCAGGCUAAGCUAAAAAGAGGCUCCCUAACGCUGAGGUGACCAGCAUUUUGAUGUCAGACGGGCAGGCUGGUAAAACGUCUAAAAUAAGCUCGUGUAGAGUAUGUAAGUAAAGUGUGGGGGAACUUGUUGUGUGUUUGUGACUGUCAUGUGAAGUGUCAAUUUGUAACAUGACUCAGAGCGUCACAGGCGGAAGGUCACGGAGCAGCAGAACGGAACGGAAGCGGGAGUAAAAAGCCUAUCCGCCAUUGUGGAAUAUGGUGAGGGGUAUUCCAGUAAGAACACUCGUCACUUUCAAAUUGACUGUUUCACACGAUCGCCGGCAGGAUCGGACACAUUAACCGACGCCUUCUCCACAGACACACAGUCGCCGUUUGUAAGAACCAGAAACAGCGGAUCGUCGUCAAGGCUUGACCAAGAAGAGAGGGGGGGUGAAGGAAAAAAAAAAAACAAAAAAAAAAACGCCGCCUUGUAACCGUUACAGAGUGAUUGGACAACCCGAGAGACGAGCCAGGAAAAGCGCCGAAGUGCAGAGAGAGGAAAAGGGGGAAGACCGUGGACAGUCUCACGAACAGCGAUCAGUUUCGGUUCCUGGAGGAUGUCUGCAACCACAGUCGAUCAGUCUCACAUCUUCUCCCUGUGCUGCCCAUUAUUUCAGAGACCUAAAGGACAAGGAAAUAAAGUGCAAAACGGAUCAAUGCAUCAAAAGGAUGGUGUGAAUGAUGAUGAUUUUGAGCCUUACCUAAGCGGCCAGACAAAUCAGAAUAACAGCUAUCCACCAAUGUCUGACCCCUACAUGCCUAGCUACUAUGCUCCAUCCAUUGGUUUCCCUUACUCUCUGGGAGAGGCUGCCUGGUCCACAGCAGGAGACCCUCCUAUGCCCUACCUAACUACCUACGGACAGAUGAGCAAUGGUGAACCGCACUUCAUCCCUGAUGGCGUAUUCAGCCAGCCGGGUGCCCUGGGGAACACUCCUCCCUUCCUGGGUCAGCAUGGCUUCAACUUCUUCCCUGGCAAUGCAGACUUUUCCACCUGGGGUACCAGUGUCUCUCAGGGUCAGUCCACACAGAGUUCAGUCUACAGUAACAGCUAUGGGUACGCCCCCAGCUCGCUGGGUCGGGCCAUCACGGACGGACAGGCAGGCUUUGGAAGCGACACCCAGCUAAGUAAAGUCCCGGUGCUGAAUAGCAUUGAGCAGGGUAUGACAGGGUUAAAACUGGGUACGGACAUGGUGGCAGCUGUCACCAAAACCGUGGGCUCUCCCUUAGGAGGCACAGUAGGUAUGAGCAGCAUGGCAGCCAAUAGCCUCCCUCCGUCUGUUAGCUCAUCUGCACCUAAACCUGCCUCCUGGGCAGCCAUCGCCAAGAAGCCAGCCAAGCCACAGCCCAAGGUCAAACCCAAAGCCAACAUGGGAAUGGGGGGAGGCGCCACCAUUCCCCCACCCCCCAUAAAGCACAAUAUGAACAUUGGUACUUGGGACGAUAAGGGCUCUAUGAACAAGCCCCCAUUAGCUCAGACUAUGCUACCCCCGCAGCCUCUGGUGCAACAGCCUCUCCUCGCUCAGCACCAGCCCUUACUGCAAAACCCAUUGCCCCCUCAGCCUCAACACCAACACCAGCCCCAACACCAACACCAGCCCUUCCAGCUUCAAUCUCUCCAGUCCCCCCAACACCCCCAUCCCCACCCCCACUCCCACCCCCACCCUCACUCUCUGCCCCCUGGCCCGCCUCACAUGCACCUUUCCUCUCAACCUGGCCCCCCACAGCCCCUUCAUCAGCAACAACCCCAGCAGCCUGGUCCACCCCCCAACCGUUGGGUGGCUCCAAGGAACCGGGGUGAGGGCUUUGGUCUGGGUGGGGGGGUCCCAUUGAGUGCCUCCCCUUGCUCCGGAGAAGUGCAUCCCGUGCUGGAGAAACUCCGGGCCCUCAACAACUACAACCCCAAAGACUUUGACUGGAACUUGAAAAAUGGACGUGUUUUCAUUAUCAAGAGCUAUUCGGAAGAUGACAUCCACCGCUCAAUCAAGUACUCUAUCUGGUGCAGUACAGAACAUGGCAACAAGCGUCUGGAUGGCGCUUACCGCUCACUGGGCAACAAGGGGCCCCUGUACCUGUUGUUCAGUGUCAACGGCAGUGGGCACUUCUGUGGCGUGGCUGAGAUGCGCUCACCGGUGGACUACAAUGCCUAUGCAGGCGUCUGGUCUCAGGAUAAGUGGAAGGGCAAGUUUGAGGUGAAGUGGGUUUUCAUCAAAGACGUGCCCAACAACCAGCUGCGACACAUCCGGCUGGAGAACAAUGACAACAAGCCAGUGACCAAUUCCAGGGACACUCAAGAAGUGCCUCUGGAGAAGGCCAAACAAGUGCUUAAAAUUAUCGCCACUUACAAGCAUACCACCUCAAUCUUUGAUGACUUUGCACAUUAUGAGAAACGUCAGGAAGAAGAGGAGGCUCUGAGGAAGGAGCGCAAUAGAAAUAAACAGUAACCUUCAAGCAAGCUCUCCGCUAGAACUGCAACACUAAUGACGUAGGACCUUAAAUACAAAUUUUGCCUAACCACAAAGAGGAAAGGCUCUCACAAUCUUUCCGCUGAAGAUGACAAUGUAACUGAACACUUGAACAUGACAACUAGAUGGACUCAUCUGUAUCCGUUGACUGGUGCAUCAAACCCCGUGUUCCUGUCUCACGAGAAAAAGAACGUAACCCACGCCGACUCUGUCUUUAAAGCACUUUCAGUCCUUCUAAACAGCGUCUACCAAUACCCUUAACUCUCUAACUCUGUGUUCCUCUUUGAUUUUGUUUGUGAGCAACUAACUGACUAACCAAAGUAGUCAGAAGAUUUCACCAGGCUUCUUUGUAAUUUUUGUAACGCCUCAAAUGUUUUGGGACAGCGGUGAACUCUCAUCAACUCCCGAAGAGAAUUAAAAGAUGACAUGUAUGACUUAAUCUUUUACUUGAAUCUGUAUUCAGCUGUCUGAUCCUCUCUCGGACAGAGCUUUGGAUGAUUGACGGGUGGGACGGAAUAAUUGGGAAACAGCCACAAUCAUGCCAAUCAUAGGAUGUAUCCUCCCCUCCCCCCCUUACCUGUUCCCUUCCUUUUCUGCAUCUGUUUCUGUGUACCAAAAGAUUACGAUUAUGCAGCAGGCUGGCAAUCACCGGCCAGUGCACAUCUUUGUUUUUUGUUUUUUUUCCUCUCUUGUGAUUCUGUCAUUCUGAAGUGCAUUUGUCUGAGGAGAAACCUGCUGCUCUGCUAGAACUAGCGGUGGCCUCCUUGGGCCCUGUGGGUGACUGUCUUUGCUCUGAUGUUGAUGUACUCUAAUGUACCUCAGGCUCAAUCAGACUGUCUGUCCUCAACAACUCUUAGCACUUUUGGGAGAACCCCCACAUAACCCCCCCACACUCCCGCUUUGCUCGACUGGGAUUCCCCCAAAACGGCAAAAGACACCAACUGCAAGGAUGUGACAGUUUUCUCCUCUAGGUAACUCACUAGCUAAAUAAAAAUUACCCAUGUUUAGCGCA